CAAGAAUGGCGCUAUCCCGGAUGAACAGGCCAUUUCGAAACGCACUGUCAGUGAUUGAAUUUAUCCAGCAAGGUGCUCGCAGCUAGCUUAGUUUGAGAGUGGGGUUUACCGGUCAUCUGGGAACCAUGAUGGGAUUUUUACCAAAAUUACUAUUAAUUGCGUUGCUAGCUUUUCCAACAACCAUUAUUAUCAAAGGUCAGUUUGCAGCAGCGCAAGAUGCAACUGAGGAUGAGGAGGUGGCGGAGGAUGUGAUCGCUGAGGACGAAGAUGACGAGGCAGAGGUUGAGGAUGAUGACAACACCGAGUUGACAGAGGAAAAAGAGGAGGAGGAGGAAGACGUCUCAUCAGGGGAAGUGAAGGCCUCCCCCCAUGCUGACACCACAAUCCUCUUUGUCAAGGGAGAAGACUUCCCUGCGAACAACAUCGUGAAAUUCCUGCUGGGCUUCACCAACAAGGGCAGCGAGGAGUUUGUGGUGGAGUCCCUGGACGCCUCGUUCCGCUACCCGCAGGACUUCCAGUUCUACAUCCAGAACUUCACCGCCCUGCAGCUGGGCACCGUGGUGGCCCCCCAGCGCCAGGCCACCUUCGAGUACUCCUUCAUCCCCGCCGAGCCCAUGGGGGGGCGCCCCUUCGGCCUGGUCAUCAACCUCAACUACAAAGACGGCAACGGCAACGUGUUCCAGGACGCGGUGUUCAACCAGACCGUGACCAUUACGGAGAGGGAAGACGGUCUAGAUGGGGAGACGAUCUUCAUGUACGUCUUCCUGUCUGGUCUGGGUUUGCUUGUCGUCGUGGGGCUACAUCAACUGCUGGAAUCCAGGAAGAGGCGGAGACCCGCUGCCAAAGUGGAGAUGGGGACGUCGAGCCACAAUGAUGUGGACAUGAGCUGGAUCCCCCAGGAGACCCUUAACCAGAUCAUGCAGAGCAGACGAGACAAGGCCUCCCCCAGACGGUCGCCGCGCAAGAGAGCACAGAAACGCUCCGCUGGCUCGGACGAGUGAUCCUGCCGCCCGUCUCUGCCACGCGCACCCGGCGCCCGUUCUGGGAGUAAGGCAAGCAGGCAAGAGGAGGCGGAGCCUAGCUCCAACCAGCCACGUCUGUCAAAGAACUAAGAACCCGCUCCCCUCCCCUCCCCGUGCCAUUUGGAGGCAGUUACAACCACUUACUACAACUGCAAUAUUAAUCUGCUUGUUAUUUAUUAUAGUGACUAAAGUGCAUUAUUAUGGAAGAGGAAUUGCCACAGCUAUAAGGGCCUUGACUUAAACGUUUGUCCUGAGCGGAGGCAGGGCCUAGCUGAUUGAUUUAGAGGCAGUUGGUCUGCUUUCCAAGGGAGCAAGGCAGGAUGGGAUGCUGUUCUGGGCUUUUUUUCCCCCUCCUACUUCUGCAGUUGCUUUUGUUGUUUUCAUCUGAGAACUUGAUAUUUUGUCAUGUUGCAGAAAAGCCAGAAAUGUAUUUUAUUUUUUUGGCUGUACGCGUCAGGGUACUGUCUCGAGACAGAAGGCACUCACCUUUGCUUGAAGUGCACUGAAACCGCAUUCUGAAGUUUCUUCUACACGUUUGUCUAAUAAUGUGAGUGUGAACUGGUGAAUUAAGAGGACGAAGACACAAAAUGGCCUAUCGUUUUUUUUGCUUUGAUAUUUAAUUGUGCCUCCUUUGAUACCUGUGUGGAGUUCGCUAUAAUUUCUGCAUUUUGUGAGUAUGCAACAAGAAUGAGGUUUAUUUCAGUGAUGUUUUUACUGCAAGUUUCGAAAAGCACUGUCAUAUUGCCUGAAUAUGAAGUUACUAAAAUGCAAAGAGCAACAGAGAUUUGGGACUGAUGCAAGCUUGCGUAAGAGCUCACUGGCCUUCCCAACAUUACAGAAUUUGUUGCGUUAACUUACACCUAACCGAUUGUUUCAAGGGGGGUUUUAGACCUGGCAUUAAUACAAGGAAACAGUUGUGGGUAAAGAAUUGUGUGAACCCACAGUUUGAAGCUGUACAUGUUAUGUGGUUAUCGCAGUACGGUAUGAUUGAAAGGAAAUGGAAUCAUGAAGAAUGUUUACAGAAAUAAGCUUUACCUAAACCAAGACUAUUUGUGUACUGGUCCAUGUCAUCUGAAGAGCUGUCAUUUGAAAUGUAAAAAUAGCUGUUCAGAAUAACUCAUCUACUGCACUUGUUACCACUUGAUAGGCACAGUAUGUCCUGGAUUGUUUUAAUAAGAAAUUUUACGGCAAUGACCACCGAAUGAAAGUAAAUGGUCUUGGAAUGACAAUUUCCCUUCUUGAAGGUAUUGCUACGAAAAUAAAUAGUUUUGCUGGAACUUUUUGCCGAAUGCUGUAGAUUUAAAAAUGUGUAUGAAUUUUUGGCAAAUGCUAAAUACAGUCAAGAUUAAAUUUUUCUAUCGUC